AUGGCUACCGCGAAAGACACGUCCACUUUCUUUCUCGAGGCGGAUGCGAAACAAUUCGAUAGUGUUUUAAAGUUGUAUCCGCAAGCGAUCAAACUAAAGGCCGAGCAGAAGACAAAGAGACCCGAGGAGCUGAUAAAAUUGGACAACUGGUACCAGAAUGAACUACCAAAGAAGAUCAAAUCGAGGGGAAAAGACGCACAUAUGGUACACGAGGAACUGGUACAGCUGAUGAAAUGGAAACAGGCGAGAGGAAAGUCCUAUCCACAACUAUCUUACCUCAUAAAAGUGAACACGCCGCGAGCCGUGAUGCAGGAGACGAAGAAAGCGUUCAAGAAGCUCCCGAACAUCGAAUCGGCAAUGACUGCACUAAGUAAUCUCAAGGGGGUGGGGACAGCCACUGCGUCAGCACUUCUCGCGGCCGCCAGUCCAGAAAUAGCCCCCUUUAUGGCCGACGAGUGCAUACAAGCCAUCCCCGAAAUGGAGGGAAGCGACUACACUGCCAAGGAAUACCUCAAUUUUGUUAAAUAUAUUAGAAACGUCUGUGAUAGGUUAAAUAAGGAACAAAACGGCUGUGGUAAGAAAUGGUCACCACACAUGGUUGAACUGACACUAUGGGCACACAACAUCCUAUCAGACCUUCAGCCAGAGCUUCUAGGCAAAACACCCAAACUGACUGCUCCCACGAAUGGAGGUUCACCCCUACCCAGUGACGAGAGCAAUCUAGAACCACCUACAAAUGGUAAUGGAAAAUUAUCAUCAGAAUGCGCAGAAGACACCACGUCAUGCACAGAAGACUCCCUGGAUGCGAAAGGCGCAUCACCCUCAAACCCCGCCACUCCUGCGUCACCUUCAGACAACUCGGAUUCAGCGUUAAGCACGCCGCGCGCCAAACGACAAAUAGAAGAAGCCAGUUCAGAAGAGAACUCCCUCGGCGACGCAACAGAGGCCAUCCCGCCAGCGAAGAAGCUGCGGGAGGCCACGCACUGA